AUGGGUUAUAUCUGUGACUUUUGUGGGGAGCAAAGGCCGGUUGUGUACUGCCGUUCGGACGAGGCCAGCUUGUGCUUGUCCUGUGACCGCAAAGUGCAUUCUGCAAAUGCCCUCUCGAGACGCCAUUCGCGCACGUUAGUGUGUGAUUGGUGCUGCCGCCAGCCAGCUCUGAUCAGGUGUGCCGAGGAGCAGAAAUCCCUCUGUGAGUGUUGCGACUGGACGUGCCGCGUCAGCUCGGGCCAUAUGGGGACUGCGCACACGAGGCAGCCCGUCAGCUGCUACUCUGGAUGUCCCACGGACAAUGAGCUUUUCAUGGUUUGGCCUUUCCUGGUGGACCUCCUGUUCCUUUUGGGUGACGACUCAGACUGCGAGCAGAGGAUGAGUUUGAUGAGUAUUUCUGAUGACACGUGGGGAACGAGUGGGCUCAAUAAGGCAACGCCUUGGAUGCAGCCAUUUAAGCCGCCUGAUUAUGGGCUUACGAAUGUUGAUGUGGCAGCUGGAGCUUCUAGCUCUGUUACGGGCAAGGAGACCGCGGGAUAUGAGGGUGCUGGUAUCUAUGGUAAUAUGGAUGAGGCCGACUUGAGUAUUGAGAAUUGUGAAGAGCUUUUUGCCGAGGCUCUUAAUAAUCCGGGACAGGUUUUUGAUAAUAAUGGGAUUGAAGGGAUAUUUAGGCCAACAGACGUGUCUGGUUCCGGGACUCAGGAUGCUUCCAUUGCUCAGGAAACUCCUCCCCCAGAAGGGUUCAAGAUAAAACCGGCAUGUAGUAAUGCAGCAUCAGCAGAUUCCAUGACUAGCUGUAAGACGGAUCCCAACAUAUAUUUCCCGAGUCAGAGGCAGUCAGGCAUCUCUUUUUCAGGCCCCACAGGGGAGAGCAGUGUGGGAGAUUACGACUGUAAAACUUUCCCGGGCCCGGAAAGUUCCAUAGCCCCUUCUAGCAGGAGUGAUGCUGUCAUGCGUUACAAGGAGAAAAAGAAGUCUAGAAAAUUUGAGAAGCAAGUAAGGUAUGCAUCUCGCAAGGACAGAGCGGACGUGAGGAAGCGUGUGAAGGGGCGAUUUGUGAAAGCCGGUGAUGCUUAUGAUUAUGACUCUUUAAGCCAAAGCCGAAGCUGCUGA